UAACUGGUGUAGUAUAGCGUGGCUGAUUGGCAGCCAAGGGAAAAUGAGCUCAGUAUCUUAUCUCUGAUUUAUGCAAAUGUUUCGUGGCUCAGCAUGCCUCCGUCAGCAGGAGGAACGGGGAAGAAAUCAUUUCCAAGAGGGGAGGCGCUACAAAAGUCUGAACCGUGUCAAAGUUACUGUACCUCGAAACAUUAAUAGAACCAUUGAGUAACUUCUGCAAACAAAACGGAGCACGAGGAGAAAAGGCACGAGCAGUGAGGUCGAUGAAUCCCGCUGAGGCUGUGAAACACGUCUUCCUCGCUACUGAUAAGAAGCCCAGAUGCUCUAGGAUGGAUCAGGCAUUUCCCAGCGAGAGCUCAGCGUCCGACCUGUUCGACCCGGACAGUGAGGAGCUCCAGCUCGGUGUGGACUUCUUUAAGAAACUGGGUUACUCCUCCGCAGAGGUCAAGGCUGCUCUGAGCAAGCUGGGCCUGAGCACAGACACAAACUCGGUGCUGGGAGAGCUGGUUCGGAGCAGGACCGGUGCUGCACCGUGCAUGUUCAGUUCUGACAGUGACGAGAGGAGCACAGCCCAAAAGGACCCUCUGCUGCCUGCCAGCUGGGCUUUUGGACCCUGCAGAAUCACACCGCGACUAGCGGACCAAAAAAACACAGAAUUGAGGCCGAUUGUUAUUGACGGCAGCAAUGUUGCCAUGAGUCAUGGCAACAAGGAAGUGUUCUCAUGUCGAGGCAUCCAGCUCGCAGUCAACUUCUUCUUGGACAGAGGUCAUAAUACUAUUACUGUGUUUGUUCCCACUUGGCGCAAAGAGCAGCCCAGACCUGAUGCCCCCAUAACAGAUCAACACGUCCUGAUGGACCUUGAAAAACGGAAAAUAGUGGUCUUCACUCCAUCGCGCCGCGUUGGUGGUAAGCGUGUGGUUUGCUAUGAUGACCGCUUUAUCGUCAAGGUGGCGUAUGAGUCCGAUGGAGUGAUCGUAUCCAAUGACACCUACCGUGACCUCCAGGGAGAAAGACCCGAGUGGAAGAAAUGCAUCGAGGAGAGGCUCCUCAUGUUCUCCUUUGUCAAUGACAAGUUCAUGCCCCCGGAUGACCCUCUGGGUCGCCAUGGCCCCAGUCUUGACAACUUCCUUCGGAAAAAGCCUCUGCCUACAGAGCAAAAGAGGCAGCUCUGUCCCUACGACAAAAAGUGCACUUAUGGAAUCAAAUGUAAGUUCUACCAUCCAGAGCGGUCAAACCAGUCCUACCUGUCCUUGGCUGAUGAAUUGAGGGAAAAAGCCCAGAUUUCUACUGUAAAAGAAGAAAGAAAUGCCAGAUUAUCACCCAGACAGCCUCAGUCUGAUCCUUCUCACAAUGCCUUUCCCCAUCCUCAAGACUCUAACACAGAGCACACAAGAGACCAGCAAAGUUCUUCACAUCCCAGUCAGGUUCGUGAGAAUACACAGCUGUACUGGGAGGACCCUAGAAAAAGUCCUAAUCAUAAUCCCUGUCCUGUAACAGGAAGCCAGUGUCAGACAGAGUGGCCUGGGCUGCACUCCAUGCCCAGUCAUUACUAUGCCAACAUCUCUCACGAGUACCUGGAUUCUGGCUUUGGCUCUUAUGACAGUCAGUACUCUGACUUUUCUCAUUGCCUCAGCAACUCCCACAGGCUCAGGCCCCAGCAGCUGAAUGCCCUCGCUGGACCCAGACAUGCCCCAGUGCAUUUAGAGAACAAAAACACCAGCCAGCCUUGCAGCUGCUGUUCCCGCGUAGUGCCCUCGACAGUUUACCAGCAGCAUCAUGGAAACCCGGACUCCAAGGGUCAACCCAAGUACGACAGCUACCCUCCUCGCAUGUUCCCGCCGGGUGUGCCACACCAAAACAGCCUCCCCACUCAUCUCCAUUACAGUGGAUCCCCGCAUCAUCAGCAAAAUUACUGGUCAGAUCCAUUUCAGGGGAUGCCCCAAGCCCGGACAUCAUGUAGCGUCCCCUCUUCGGCCCACUCCUCAAACUCCCCCAGCUGCUCUUACAAAGGCCAGCAGUACCAGUCCUGGGGCCCACAGCAUGCAUCGCCCACUGCGUUUGACCCACAAAGGUUAGAGCUCCGCAAGAAGCUGCAGGCCAUCUUCAACCCGCAUCAGGUGGAUACAGUCAUGGAAAUGUUCCCACAUGUGAUGAAUGCGGAGAAACUGGCUGCAGAGAUCCUCAACCUGAAGGCUCAGAGGGGGAUAUUCUGAUCAUUUCUUUGAUGAUAAUCUUCUCGUUUGCAUCCUGUUCAGUCAGAACUAACAUCUCUAUCACAGCAAACAAGGAAUCUCUUGAGAAGCUUGAUAGUAUAUAACUGAGAUGUUUCAUUCUGUGUAAUGUGCCAUUACAGAAGAGCGGUGUGCCUUUAUAUUUAUGUACGGUUAAGACAAUCUCUUCUAUGCAUUUGUUUGACAUUGUAGUCAAAUGUUUGGAUGGAAAGUGCCUCUAGACCAAAAAUAGCUAUAACUAGAGUUUCUAGAGUUUUGACUGUUGAUGCAUAUUGUGUCAAAUGUUAUAUAUUUUAAUCGUUUAAAAUAAGACAUUUCUGUACAAGUGUUAUUAUUUUAUUUGACUAUUGACUAUAUCUCACUGUAUUUCACCAGAGCAGUGUCUUUGUCAACAUUAUCUCUGUGAGGUGUAGCUACAUAUUUCCAUAAACUGUGGCCGCCCAAUGCAUUCAGUUGGUGUCAAUCCAGAGGAUCCAGUCACCAAAAUGGUAUUUAUAAUAAAUCAUAAUCUAACAAGGAAACUAAGAAGAUAGCUUUUAUGAAAGCAAAAGGAAGUACCUGUUGUGUCAACACCCUUUCUUGUAAAUCGGCAUCAGUUUCAUGAAACGAUCUCGGAACAAGUGUUGUUGUUGUAACUCAACACGUGUAUUUGGGUCACUGUGCAAUUUAAAAAACGGUGGAAUUGUGUUCUCAUGAACAAGCAGGUGUAUGUUCUCUUAGAAAAUCACUGUACAAUAAAUUCAUAGCAAGCAUGCUAUAUAAAUAAAUGCUUUAAAAUAAAAAUA